UUUCUUCAUACAGGUUAGGAUAAGUUUUCAAAAACUGCUACAUGCCUGGUAAUGAGAUUCGUCAAUCGUCGUAUAGAUAUGCCCUUCUUCCAUAAGAAAGUGAAUGGCUUCAUGAAUAUCCUUUGGAGCAAACUUUUGUUUCAGACUGGCUAUAAUUUCCUCAGUGCUUGUACCUCUAUAAUCUUUAGAUAUUUGACGGAUCGUCAACAAUACACUUUGUUGAAUCGGGCUAAAGCUAGAAUCGUUCAUAUUAUCUGUGAAAUGGUCAAAAUGUUCUGAUUGUAUUCCACUUCCAAUGGAACUAUUCAUAGUUUGCUUGCUUUUGCUAGUUGGGCCGUGCGUUUGUUGAAGAUAUACUUGAAUAACUUGUAAGCGAUGGAAUAAAAUUUCGUUCAUAUCUUCGAUUGGUUGUAUAUGGUGUGCUUUUACAGACCUCUCCCCGUUAAACUCUCUCAAGCUGCCAAAAACGCGCACCCACACACCGGGUUGAAGUGCUUCUCUUCUAUGUGCUUGAUAUUCGGAAUCAUUAUCUAGCAUAUAGAGACGAACUUCCAUGGUCGCAGUUCCGUCUUCUAUUUGGUAACACAAGUUUGUAGAAAGCUCGUCCAACUUGACUAUGUAGCCAACGAAGGUAACGUUUCUAAGUGGUGUGUUGUUUACCUGAAAGGCAUCAUCUGGAUGUUCUUGAGUUGCAUGCACUAGCUGGUUCAGUGAAACAGGUUGUAGUGCUUGGUUCCUAUCCACUGUAGUCUGCAACGCAGGUGCGUAUUUAGAGGGACUGGUAAAAGGGUCAGAAGCAAAGGAUUGACCUGUUUGAGGAAAAGGCUGAAAUGUUCCACCUAGGUUAAAAUUAGCCCCAAAUAAAGAGUUGUUCAUAUUA